CUUUGUUGGGCAUGUGAGCUAAGGUAUGUCUCUGACAAACAAACAGGAGACGCAAGUAUCAAUCAUGUACUAACUUAGGUACGCAGUUAUAAAUAAAUAAAAUUCUGACAUUCCACGCCCGGGGAAUCAUGGCCCUAUCUAGAUCAGCGAGUGGCCCUGGCGGCCUGUCUAUCAACACGUCGUCCGCAAACUUGUUUGGAUCGAGCAGUACCCAGCCUCCCGCUCCCGGUGGAAGCCUUUUCGGCAAUACAUCAACUACACCUAAACCAUCUUUAUUUGGUAAUCCUACGACUUCUUCCUCCACCGCUACUACUCAGCCUCAAUCCGGCGGUCUCUUUUCAUCAUCUUCCGUUACUCCAUCCCAGCCGUCACAGGGAGGCGCCAGUCUAUUCGGAACAGCGAAUAAUACUACAACUCAACCGCAGCAGGGAGGGGGGCUUUUCGGGAGCUCGCAGACCACACAGGCGCAACCGCAGCAGGGGGGAGGACUUUUCGGGAGCUUACAGCCUACCCAGGCGCAACAGCAAACGCAGACUCAGUCCCAACCCGCCACCGGGCUGUUUGGCGGUAGCACGACCGCUCAGGCUACGUCAACGGGGACUGGGACUCCUGGGACCCUCUUCGGUAGUUCUUUAAAGCCUACACAACCAGCGCCGAGCAAUCUGGGAUCAUCUUUAUUUGGCCAGGCAGUCCCAGUCCAGCAGAAAUCCAAUCCGUUUGGGAGUACUAUUAGCCAGCCGGUUCAAUCCCAGCCGCAGCAACCUGGCUUGGGCCUAGGGAGUUCACUCGGCCUUGGCCUAACCAUGGGCCAAUCAUCAACUCAACAGACAGUUCCCGGUGUGCGUAUCGACGUAAGCAAUCUCAAGGGUACUACGCGGUUUAACGAUCUCCAAGAGGACCUACAGAAGAAAAUAGAGGCUGUUGACAUAUUGAUCCAGAGACAAAUGCAAUAUAAGGAUGAGGUAGAUUCAUUCAUGCCUGGUCAUAAGGAGAUGCUUGAGAGUAUCCCCAACGACGUCAGUUUUGUCGCUAAAAAGUACGAGAGUGCGCAUAGUGCACUGGCAUCGGCAGCCCAGGCUAUCGAGGCAUCUCGCGGCUUAGUCGCUCAGGAUGUAGAUCACGCCCGACUAAGUUUCCGAGCUAUCGAUAACUUGAAGCUGCCUGAACAGUAUCAUACGGCCGGGAUAUGGUCCCCUAGGCAACAGUCAGCAGGCACAGCGAAUACGGAGGCGGACGGACAAGACCUGGUCAGCUUUUUCUCUAAGGCGGCAGAUGACAUGGAAGAUCAAGUAAAGAGAUAUGACCGGAACAUGACCGAGAUUGAGAUGCAUAUGCACGGCGUUUCCGAUAAUCUAGUGGAGCAGUUGCAGAAGAUGAUGGCUAACAAGAAUGGGGCGUCAUCUGGUCCCAACGAGAAGGCCCAAGAGCUUAGCGCUGUGCUUAGAGAGUUGCAGCAGGGUAUUCUGAAGGUGGCUAGCGAUGUCGCAAGCGCUAGAGAAGAUAUGACCCAGCUGCAACUGGGGAACUUCAUUAGCAACGAUGGCGAUCGCAAUGGUGUGUACUAGGUAGCAUUAUGUUUCGCGGGCUGUGUAUUAGAUAGUUUAGAUACCCAAAUGGAAACUUAAUGAUAUAGCCUGAUGAAAC